AUGGCGAGAUCGAUGGAAGCGGCGCGCUUUGAACAGAAUGGAUUUGAAGAAGCCAACGUUGAGGAAUCAGUUUCAUGGGAUGAUCUGGAGAGAGACGCUGCUAGUAAAGCUGGUGGAUCUUCUGAAAGAACUCAGGCCUGGAGAUCUCACCAGCACGACUCUGCUAGAAAAGGUGACGAACCUGCUGGAGACUUGUACGAACUGUGGAGGCAAGAACAGAACAGCAUAGCCGCAAGGCUAGACAAAGAGCUUAAGUCACGGUGGGAACUAGAUGAACUGAUUGAAGAACAGCUGAGCGGAUACGGGUCCCAUUACUACAAGGCCAUGGUAUCAACGUCAUUGAAGGAUGUCUCAAACCUCCUCAUGCCCACGUGGCUACCGCCUCAUGAGCUUGCUGCCGUGUCCUGGCUUGGAGACUGGCGUCCCACCUCCAUUCUUGACCUUCUUCGGAUUCUGGCCGCUCAAAACCCUUCCUUCUCUCUGUCUGAGUCGAGUGAACGUAUCCUCUCUCAGCUUCUCCGUGAGAUACGCAUUGAGGAAGCUGUGAUCGAUGAGGAGUAUGCAGAAAUUCAGGCCACAUGUGUUCUGCACCUUCCCUUUUCGCCGCUCUGCAACGCUCAGUCGCAAGAAGAAGCUCUGCUUUCUGUGCAGGGGCUGUUUGGGAACAUCCAUAAGGUCAUCUCAAAGGCACAACGGCUCAGGUACAAAGUGUUGGAGCUGGUGAUGAAGAAGCUGCUGAAUCAAACAGAUACAGCCGAGUUUGUGGUCGCAUUCGCAGGGAUUCAAGACGCCAUUCACCAGUUUGGAGAGCAUAAGAAGCUAAAAAAGCUUUACCCGGCGGUUCCUCUGAAGGGAUCAGGAUCAUCUAGUUGAGAGCUAUGUAGGAACACAGGUCAUGUCUCAAUUUUGGGAGUAAGACUACAAGCAAGCUGUGAUGUUGAAUCUUCUUGCUGCUAAUUACAUUCUUGGAAGUUCUUUCUUAACAUCAACUCAUAUAGUCCAGUUACAUUAGUAUGAAACCUGAUGUCACCAACCAUUAUGUCUUUUAGAGUCAUUGGUAUUGUAAGUAAGAACAAAGUUAAGACCUGUUCUUCUAUGCAGCUUGCUGUUUUUUUUUGUUUGUUCUGAUUUCGUGUUCCAGUCAACAUGCAAAUUUGCGUCAUCAAUUGUAUUGAAUAUAUAGAGUUUCAUA